AUGUCGACUACCAACCUCCGCAAUCAAGAUGAAAACUACACCACCAACUCCGUCAAUGGCACUGAUUCAGGAGAAAUGGGAAUCUCUUCCGACUCCUCUAAUGCCAAUCACCCUGGAGAAAUGCCAGAUGGUGGUCUGCAAGCCUGGCUUGUGGCCGCUGGAGGUGCAUGCAUCUUCUUCUCGUGCCUUGGCUUUGCCAAUUCUUUUGGAGUCCUGCAAGAGUACUACAUGACUCACCAACUCCGUGGAGAGUCAGCCGAUAAGGUGGCCUGGAUUGGAUCCAUGUCGACCUUCAUCCAGUUCGCCGCAGGUGCCAUAGGAGGGCCUAUGUUCGAUCGCUUUGGGGCGAGGGUUAUUCGACCCGCCGCUCUGUGUUAUAUAUUCGCCACCAUGAUGACUAGUCUCUGUACUAAGUAUUGGCAGUUCAUGCUCGCACAAGGCGUACUCAUGGGCGUAGCUAUGGCAUUUAUGCAGCUUCCUGCGUUUGCAGCUGUUUCGCAAUACUUCGACAAGAAGCGAGCAGCUGCGUUUGGAGUCGUCGUCUCCGGCUCCUCGAUCGGCGGAGUCGUGUUUCCAAUCGCCUUGUCCAAAAUGUUGAACGACUCCUCUAUUGGAUUCGGCUGGUCAGUCCGUAUCAUGGGGUUCGUCAUGAUACCGCUGAUGGGGCUCUCAUGCUUGACGGUCAAACCACGCCUGCCGCCGAGGACAACAUCCUUCUUCAUUGCUGAAGCGUUCAAGAACACGAGGUAUCUUCUCCUGAUAAGCUCGCUGUUCUUCAUGUUCCUCGGCAUGUUCACUCCCUUGUUCUUCAUUCCGACAUACGCCGUGACAAGAGGCAUGAAGCCAGCAUUAGCCUCAUAUUUGCUGGCAAUAACCAACGCGGCCUCAACCUUUGGUCGGAUCAUUCCAGGUGUUCUCGCUGACAAGUACGGGCGGCUGAAUAUGUAUACGCUGGGUGGGCUCAGCACUGGCAUCGUUAUCUUCUGCCUAAACGAGACCAAAAGCACACCCGCGCUGAUUGUUUACGCUAUCGUCUUUGGUUUCACUUCGGGCACGAUUAUCUCUGGAGCAUCUGCAGCCUUUACUCUUGUGACAAAGGACUCUCGCGACAAUGGGACAUAUAUGGGGAUGGGGAUGGCGCUCAGUUCUUUUGCAGCCCUCAUUGGCCCACCUGUGAACGGAGCACUGAUUGACAAGUAUGGAGGAUUCUUUCAAGUUUCAGUAUUCAGUGGUGUGAUGUGUUUGGUUGGCGGGUUUGUGGGUUUGCUCACUAAGUUAACAACAACACAAGGAAUUUUUGGAAACGUGUAG